AGAAAAAGGUCAGGAGCGCUCGCGAGAUCUCAGACCACCGGAUCCGAAAGGUUCUUAAGAAGUUGAAGGGCCUGGAGACGGCCCCGGGGCAAAUGGCCGGAGCUGGACCGACCAUGCUGCUACGAGAGGAGAAUGGCUGUUGCAGUCGGCGUCAAAGCAGCUCCAGCGCUGGGGACUCAGACGGGGAGCGCGAGGACUCGCCGGCUGCGCGUGCCCGGCAGCAGCUGGAGGCGCUGCUCAACAAGACUAUGCGCAUUCGCAUGACAGAUGGACGGACACUGGUCGGCUGCUUCCUCUGCACCGACCGCGACUGCAAUGUUAUCCUGGGCUCAGCGCAGGAGUUCCUCAAGCCGUCGGAUUCCUUCUCUGCUGGGGAACCCCGUGUGCUGGGCUUGGCCAUGGUACCUGGACACCACAUCGUUUCUAUUGAGGUGCAAAGAGAGAGCCUGGCGGGGCCUCCCUAUCUCUGACUACUAUCUCGCACGCCUUUCAGACUUAAUUAAACGUGUAACCGAA